AUGCGCAAUGUUUCCUUGGCCACCAAGAACCCUACUGAAGGUACCUUAGGCCCCACAUGGGAAGGUCCUUAUGAGAUUACCAAAGCCGUGACACCAGUGGAGAUCGGCCAGCCCACAUACCAAACCUCCACUUAUGAUGCCGAAGCCAAUGACGAGCAGUUAGCCCUGAACCUCAACUUCAUUGACGAGCUUCGUGACCAAUCUAACAUGCGCAACGUCGCAUACAAACAGUGCAUUGCCAAGUACUAUGACUCCCGAGUCAAACCUCGUGCUUUCAAGAUUGGGGACUAA